CUGAAACGUGAGAUUCUCGCGUCGAAGUUUGCUCUCGAGUCUCUCUCCCUCCCUCGUUUCGGAGUUUCGACGAUGUCCGCCACCUCCGCGAGUGGCUCCAGCCAACCGGACGACGCAUCACACCGGCCGCCGGCUGAGAAUUCCGAUGAACCCGGCCAGCCUUCGUGUUCGGACCUCACGCAGACAGUCGCGUUCUCGUCGGGCAACCCACGGAUUGAGGUGACGAGAGGAGUCAUGCGCCUUUUCUGCAACCCUUCCGAGCCCCUUGAUUGCAUCUCCCACCAUCUUCCUGUUGGGAGGAGUCCUCUUCUUUGCGUUCUUGACGUUCCGAACCACAUGAAUUACGCUGACUUCUGCCAGUUCUGUGGGUCCGUCAUUCAGCAUAUUCUGGAGAUGCGAAUCGUGAGAAAUGAUGGUAUGGACGAUCACUAUAGCGUUCUGAUCAGGUUCCAUGAUCAGAAUUCGGCUGAUUCUUUCUAUCAUUAUUUCAAUCAGAGAUGUUUCUCGUCUCUGGAGGUGGAGGUAUGCAACGUGCUUUUUACAGUGGAUGUACAGUACACUGGCUCUACGGAACAUGCUCAAACUUCUGCUGUUGGAUCAAUGGACCUACCUAAUUGUCCGGUCUGUCUUGAGAAACUAGACAAUGAUGUGAGUGGUACCCUGACAACAAUUUGCAACCAUUCUUUUCACUGCUCGUGCAUAUCAAAAUGGACUGAUUCUUCAUGCCCAGUUUGCAGAUAUUGCCUGCAGCAGCCUGAGAAAUCAAGGUGUUUUAUCUGUGACACAUCAGAAAACUUGUGGAUGUGUGUUCUCUGUGGCUUUGUUGGGUGUGGAAGGUAUAGAGAGGGCCAUGCUAUCAGGCACUGGAAAGAGACACAGCAUUGCUAUGCUCUUGAACUGGAGACUCAGCGAGUAUGGGAUUAUGUUGGGGACAACUAUGUCCAUAGGCUAAUUCAGUCCAAAACUGAUGGCAAGUUGGUUGAGUUGAAUUUCCAUUGCAGAACUGCCGAUGAUAGUUGUGGAAGUUGUGAAUGUAGUGGGGAUUCAGGAAUGAGUGAGGCCCUUUUCAACAGUAAAGUUGAGGCGAUAGUUGAUGAAUAUAAUGACCUCCUCACAUCUCAACUGGAGAAUCAAAGAAAGUAUUUUUCAUCUCUUCUACUUGAAGUAAAGGAAGAAACUGACCGGGCGAUUACAGAAGCAGUUGAGAAGUCUGUAAGCUUGAGGCUGCAGAAGAUGCAAGGGAAACUCCAGAAAUGUUCUGAGGAAAAACAAUUUCUCAACGAAAUCAAUGAGAACCUUCUUAAGAAUCAGGAAAUAUGGAGUAAAAAACUCAUGGAGAUUGAAGAGCGUGAGAGGUUGACACUCAAAUCAAAGGAUGAUAAGAUACGGGAUUUAGAAGAACAGCUUGGAGAUUUGAUGAUUUUAAUUGAAGCACAGAAAACGUCAGACCAACUGCCCGACUCUUCUGGUGUCAAGGAAGGGACUGCUCUACCUCUACCUUCCGAGCCUUCUCAUGGAGGCACAAGGCGAUCUCCAAGAUCCAGUAGAAGGAAGUAAUUGAUGGGGCGUGUUCUUCUUGAAUGUUGGUUAGGCGAGUGAUGAAUGUAUGUGGUUUUGUAAGGAAGUAUGCGUGCACGUUGAUUUAAAAAGGGGAAAGUUGGGAGAGGGGGAGGGGAUGGUUCGUGUUCAGAUGAAAUGAAGAGCUCCUUGAAUUGUUUUGUUGGCCUUGGAGAGGUUUCAGAAAUGAAAUAGUUUCUGUAUGUGGGGAACAGCAUUAUGCAUUC